GAAAAAGUGUACGAUACAUUAUCGUGUUAAAAAUGAUGAAUUAAUAUGAAUAAAACUCUCGUGAAGCAUGAUUAAGGAGGAGGAUUUCUGGAAAGUAUAAAACUGGAAAAAGGUGAUGGCAACAAACGGAAUACAUUGCUCCGGCAGAAGUCUCAGCGGUUAGUCGUGUUUUUUCGCGGUGUGUUUGGCGCGUUUUUCACGGCGAUUCCGAGGCGUGUGCGAGCGGACAAGCCCGUUCCGGUGGUCAGAGAGGCCACAAUCUGGUCGUCGUGGACACGGCGGCGGUGCAGCAGCGGAAGAGGAACGAGUUCCUGCAUCCGAGCAGCAGCAGCAGGAGGAGUGAGCAGCAGCGGCCGCGGAGGCAGCUGAGGCGAGAGACGGUCGUUGGUCGGUGGAAUCGGCCCCGGAGAGUCGACUGCGGUCGGCGGACCAGUUUUCGGCCAGGCCAGGUCGGAGACAACCCGUUGUUUACGUGGCUGGCAGCAGGCAGCACAACAACAACAACAAGCGCGCGCAAACGAGCUUCCCGCGCAUCCCGCUGCGGGCGGCAGCCAGUGCGGCCAGUUCGGCGGUGAGUGCGAAAGGCGGGUUUUUUGUUUGCUUUUAGUUUUUUUUUUUUCUCAUAGUUUUUUUUUCCUGUUAGAUUUUUUUUUCUCAUUUCUUCUGCGUUAUUUUAGUCUUAUUUUUGGUUUGAUUAGUUUUCUUCCGUUUUUUCCUCAAUCAUGGAUCCGACCGAGUCGGAACACGAGGAAUCUGAUUUCGAUUCAUCCAUUGAUGGUGACGAGGACGUGGAAAUGAAGGACUCUGUCUCGGGAGUUCCUUCAAACACCACCAACAGGGAUCACUUCCUGAAGGAUAAGGAUGCUGACGGUAAAGGGGGAUCCACGGACGGGUCUAAGAGGAAGAAGCGAAAGCGUCCUAAAUCAGAUCCGAAUCCGGUUCCCCCUCAACCACCGAUUCCUCCCUCGACUCCAGACCCGAUUCCCCCCUUGACUCCAAACCCAAUUCCUUCUCCCAAUCCAGAUCCAAUUCCUCCUAAAACACCGGUGCCGAAUCCGGAUCCAAAUCCCCCACCGCUCCUGAAUCCUCAUUCCCAAAAACCGAUUCCUCGUCCUCGUCAGUAUCAAGAGGGAUCGCAAACGGAAUGGGUGGUCUUCUUCCGGCCCAAACAGAAGCCGUUAAACUUUGUACAGAUCACCAAGGAUUUGCAGAAGCACUAUCCUGGGGUGGUCGAAUGUACCAAGCUGAACAAGAGCAAGCUCCGCGUGAUCGUGAACUCCGCGGUGCAAGCUAAUCAGAUCGUAACUGAUCUGCGGUUCAGCAUUGAGUACCGUGUUUGGAUUCCGGCCCACAAAGUCGAGAUCGACGGCGUGGUGACCGAUGACAGUCUGUCGCUUGUCGACCUCUCAAGGGCGGUGGGACGCUUCAAGAACCCUAAACUUCCAGCUGUGGAGGUACUCGAGUGCCGGCAACUGGGCAACGUCACCACCGAGGGUGGCCAGAAGAAGUUCAUUCCUUCUGCCUCGUUCCGGGUGACUUUUGCAGGGUCAGCUCUGCCGGACUACAUUGAGCUGUACAAGCUUCGGCUUCCAGUUCGAUUGUACGUUCCGCGAGUGAUGAGCUGCGAAAACUGCCAGCAGUUGGGACACACCAAGACCUACUGCAGCAACAAGAGCAAGUGCUCAAAGUGCGCCGGCCCCCACAAGGACGUGGAUUGCCAAAAGCAGGCUGAAAAAUGCCUGCUUUGUGGCGGGGAACCGCACAAAACUCGACAAUGCCCAAAGUACAAGGAGCGCGAGGACAAGAUGAAGCGAUCCUUGAGGGAACGCUCCAAGAAGUCCUUCGCGGAAAUCCUUAGUCAGGUGACCCACCCCAAUCGCUUCGCUCCUUUGGCGGACGAAGAUUCGGGGGACGAAGAUUCCGAUGUGGAGGUCCUCUUCCAGAGAGACGAAGAAAGUGACUCUUCCGGACCAAACCCGAAGCGCAACAAGGCUUCCAAGUCCAGGAAAGCCGCUGGCGGCAAGGGUAAGGAAAGUGACUCGUUGAACUUCGAGGAGGAUUUUCCUUUCGGUCCGUCGGGUAAGCCCGCUCCGAAGCCGGCACCGAAGCCGACACCGAAGCCGGCACCGAUUCCUCUCAAGCCGCUGAAGCCCGUUCCCAAGCUGCCAAAGAUCCCCCUAAAAACGGUUCCUCAACCGAAUCCGAUCACCGAUGCCUUCAAAGGAGUCCUUCCUUUUUCCACAAUCGUGGAAUGGCUGUGCUCUUUUGUGAGUGAACCGACGCGUUUAAUCAUAAAGAGGUUUGAGCCUCUCGCUAGACACAUCGGGAAACAGCUUGCUAGCACGACGCCCCUCUUGUCGUUCAUUUCCUUUGAUGGGUAAUACACCAAAAACGAAAAACGGCAUCUCCUUUCUACAAUGGAAUUGCAGAAGUUUAACCCCCAAGUUAAACGAUUUUCAACAAUUCGCAUUCGAACGAGACUGUGAUGUGUUUGCGCUGAGCGAAACGUUUCUUAUCGGAGAUGAGACGCCAGCUUUCCGGGGGUACAACAUCAUCACAGAGAGCAGGGCAGGGCCAAAUAGA